AUGGCGAUGGCAGAAGACUCGUUAGCGAUAGAAGAGGAGGUGGUGGAGGUGGCCAAAGUGGAAGAUUCUUCAGAGCUCGAAGAGGUCACUGGGGCAGCAGAAGAGGAAACAACAGUGGACACUGCGGCCACGGACGAGGAAGAUGGCUCAGCAGUCGAGCUGGCAGCAGCGGAAGAGCUGGAUUCAACGGCCUCGGAAGAGGAGGAAACAACUGCCGAGGAAGAGGAUGGAGCAGCACUGCUGGAAGAGCUCGAGGAGCUCGAGGAGCUGGAAGAACUCUUAGAAGAGCUGGACGACGAGCUCGAGGACGAUGCGCUGGAGCUGACGUCGACGUCGACGUCCUUGCAGACGUCGAAAAAUGCCUGCAAAGCGGCCUCUUCGUUGUCACCACACUUGGAUUGA